CGGAUCCACGUGGUUUAAUCGGAGACAGACAGAAGUCCCAUUGUUCAAAAUCAAUAAAAAAAAAAGGAGGCAGACAGAGGAAACGGGGAAGGGUUUUUUUUUGAAAGGACGCUGCAGAGAGGGGGGGGUUUCCUCCUAAUUCUCAACUUGCAUUUGGAGGGAUGUAAUUUUGCAAAGAAGCCUCUCUUCUUUCUUUCUUUCUUUUUUUUUUCUUUCCUUCCUUCCUUCCUUCCAGAGAGGGCUGGCCCAAAUAAAGCAGCCCACCCCCCCCUCCACAGAAGAGGUCUCCAGAUCUUGCAAAAAGAUAGGUUACGAAAAUGCCCCGGCGGAAGGCAGAUGCAGCUAGUUCAGGGAACGGAACCGGGGCAGCCCGCAAACGGGCAAACACCGGCCGGGCCCCGCUGACCGCCAAGAAGAAGAACCGGAGUGGUGGGGGCAGCAGCAGCAGCAGCAGCAACAACGGGGGCGGGGGCAGCAGCGGAGAGGAGCAGGACGGGGUUGUGUUGCCCCUACUCUCGGCCCCUGGAGGAAGUAAGAAGGUGCCCCGGACCGGAGGGCGAGAACAGCAGAACCCUCCCGGCUUGCAGUCACCCCAGGCCGCCGUGGUGGUCAACGAGCCCGAACACACCAAGGAGCGCAUUAAACUGGAAGGUUCAAAGUGUAGGGGACAGCUUUUGAUAUUUGGAGCCACCAAUUGGGACUUGAUUGGCCGGAAAGAAGUCCCAAAACAGCAAGCUGCUUAUCGCAACCUUGGCCAAAACCUGUGGGGGCCGCACAGGUACGGAUGCCUCUCGGGAAUCCAAGUCCGGACAGUAAUUUCGGGCCCGUGUGCCGCUCACAACCUCUUCAUCACUGUGGAAGGGAAGCUGUGGAGCUGGGGGCGCAACGACAAAGGACAGCUGGGCCAUGGAGAUACCAAGCGAGUCGACGCCCCUAAGCCUAUAGAGGUACUCAGCAGCGACACAGUUGUAUCAGCCGCUUGUGGGCGCAACCACACACUGGCCCUCACAGAGAAUGGAUCUGUUUUUGCUUUCGGAGAGAACAAGAUGGGGCAGCUUGGAUUGGGGAACCAGACCGACGCCAUUCCUAGUCCUACGCAGAUCAUGUACAACGGCCAGCCGAUUACCAAAGUGGCUUGCGGGGCAGAGUUUAGCAUGAUUAUGGAUUGCAAAGGGAAUCUUUACUCGUUCGGUUGUCCUGAGUACGGACAGCUAGGGCACAACUCCGACGGGAAAUUCAUCGCCAGAGCCCAGAGGAUAGAAUAUGACUGCGAACUCGUUCCCCGUCGCAUCGCCAUCUUUCUUGAGAAGACCAAAGAUGGACAGAUCCUACCGGUCCCGAACAUCGUCGUGAGGGAUGUGGCGUGCGGUGCAAAUCACACGCUCAUCCUGGACUCGCAGAAACGUGUUUUCUCCUGGGGGUUUGGCGGUUAUGGCCGAUUAGGACACGCAGAGCAGCGGGAUGAGAUGGUGCCACGGUUAGUGAAGCUUUUCGACUUCCCCGGCCGUGGGGCUGCACAGAUCUACGCAGGUUACACCUGCUCUUUUGCAGUCAGCGAAACGGGAGGCCUGUUUUUCUGGGGAGCGACGAACACUUCCCGAGAGUCAACAAUGUACCCCAAAACUGUGCAGGAUCUGUGUGGCUGGAAAAUCCGUAGUUUGUCCUGUGGGAAGAGCAGCAUCAUAGUGGCAGCGGAUGAGAGCACCAUCAGCUGGGGGCCUUCUCCUACUUUUGGAGAGCUGGGCUACGGAGAUCACAAGCCGAAGUCAUCAACUGCAGCUCAGGAGGUGAAAACGCUGGAUGGGAUUUACACAGAACAGGUAGCCAUGGGCUACGCGCACUCCUUGGCGAUUGCCCGCGACGAGAGCGAAGCCGAAAAGGAGAAAAUCAAGAAAUUGCCAGAAUACAACCCACGCACCCUCUGACCCGGGCACGUGACUCUUCCCUCAACCAGGCGAGCUGCCGAAUGCACCACGUUGGCGGUUGGCGAAGAGACCGCGGGCCCCUCCGUGCGUUUUGUUAGACUUCUGAGAUUUCGGUUUUUAUACGCCAUUUGAAGUUUUAUCUACCUGUUGCUAGGACUCUUCCGUGCCCUGCUCUCUCCACCCCAUCCUUUUCCCCCAAGAUGGCUUGUUUGUAUUUUGUAUUUCUUUUCUUUCUUUUUUUUUUUUUUUUUUGGUGGUGGUGGAGGAUAAAUUGAAGAUGUCCAUUCAUCUCUUUUCGGUCACUAUAGUCCGAUGGAAACUUCCAGAGCAUUUUGUCCAUUUGUUCUUCCCCUCUUAAACCUACUUGGGACCAGUAAACCAGCAUUGAAAGUUCUUUUUUUUUUUUCCUACUGCAAAGAGUGGCCUAUGCUUUGUGUUUUGUCCCCAAAGAAAACGCUGUUUUUUUAAAAAUUUCCAUGCCUUUUUGUAAUCUCCUUUGAUGUGAUUGGGCACCAGGCCUCUUGAGUUCAAGAGUUCCCACUGAUUUAACGUCGAGCGAUUGUGCCGCUGUGUUUCCGUGUUGCCACAGACGCUGAUCGGCGUUGUGUUCCUUUGCGAUGCAGAGCGUUGCUUUCUCGCAACCUGGUGUGGUUGGGCAUCUGGGGGAAGAGGUUGGAGGGACUUGUAGGAUGUUUUCCUUGAAAGUCGCAAUUGUCCUGAGACGAGGAGGCUGGCCACAGGAGGGUGCUUCAAAUCUGGUUUAAGAACAAGUAAAAUGAAUUUGUUGCCUUGAAACAAGCUGGAGGGAAGUUUCCCUCUCUUGGCGAAAUUCUGAUCCUAGUACUUAAGCUGGAAAAAAAAACCCUUCUCUUGUUUAUCUUUUUCUCUUUAUUGGUUGGUAUCCACUUUGCUAGAAAGUGUAAAUUUGGAGUUCCUCUUUCGAAAGAGGCAUUUCUUUGGAUCAUUGAAUGACAGCUGAGAGGUGGAUUCUCAGACUGAUGCAUCAGUCCUCCUAAAACUUAGAAUAUUUUGAGUCUGGGGAGCAGCAUUCCUGCAGACCUCUUUUCUUGAACCCCUAAAAGGCAACCACUCUAUGAGAAAACUACAUAAAGUUUCCCAGAAAAACAGGAGAUGCAUUCCGGGCCUUGUGGGAAUUUAAUUCGCAGCUGUCUUAUUUCACCAUUUGGUGUUUGUGGGAUGGAAAUUUUCUGCCUUGAAAGCUACACGCUGCUCUUUUUUAGGUUGGUUUAUUAUGAGGGACCAGGAUACUUUUCCCUUUCACCAUCAUUGGCGUCCCUCGAUGGGUUUGAGCCACCUUUUAACCUGCUAACUUUUGAGUUAGAACAAUGAGCAAUCAACUGAAGGGGAAAAAAAUUAACGGAAACCCGCCACUGAUGGGGAAAAUUGGAAGGCAGCAUCUGUUGACUUGAUGCUAAAUUUGCAGAUGAGAAAAAUCAGGAGGUUGAGACUCUCUUUGCACAGGUCUGUUUCAAAACAUUUUCUCCUUUUCCUGUUUUGGUACGUUCAGCCACAUUCGAUACCUCCCUUUACUGUUUUAUUCGUUUUGCCCGAUGUUCCUUUUUUUCAUUGGCUAAGUCAUUCUAACCCAUUAUGAGGGACAGACAGACAUUUUCCCCUUUCACCAUCAUUCUAAGGCAAUGGGGGUUAAUUUAUUUGCCAUGGGGGAGAGAGAAGAAAAAAAGGUACUUCCAUUUUUCACCAAAGAAACGGCUGUUUUUGUGCUAAGUAAAAAGUUUUGCUUUGGAACUGGUUGGCCUGAAGGUUUGUGUUUAAAACUGCUGACUUUUUUUUUUCUUCACCAAGAAGAAGGGCUCAGCGGGACGAGAACCAAUUAAAGUUAAAUGAAAUGGGGAAAAGAGUUUAGUCUAGUCUUGUCAUUCUCUUUUGUUUUCCCCUUCACUUUUUUUUUUUAUAUAUAUUUCUCAAAUGUUUAAAUAAAAUGAUGGGUUUGUUUAGA